AUGGCUCCUUAUAAUGGGAUGAUUAAUGAAGUUCAUGUGAUGCUUGUUGAUCAUGACCAGGAGACUAUUUAUGAGAUGGUUGAUUUGCUUGAGUCUCACAAAUAUAAAGUUACGACUGUUGGUGCUGCCGAAAUGGCUAUGAAUAUGCUGUCCAAAGGCAAAGAAAGAUAUGAUGUUAUGAUAAUCAAUGCAUAUUCACCUGAUUUGCUUUCCACUCGGCUUUUGGGUCAAGCAGUGGCGUUGGACAUCAUUUCGAUCUUUGUCUGUGAUGAUAACAAUCCUUUCUUAGCAAAGAAGGCUUUGGACGUUGGAGCUUACCUCUACUUGAAAAAACCACUACAAGAGGAAAUGGUGAAAUACUUGUGGCAGUUUGUACUGAAGGAAAAACUGCAAAGAGAGAAAGUGAAAAAAGUUUUAGAAAAUGGAGAGAAUAUGAUCAACAUUGGCGAAGAUAAUGAAACUGGUGAGAAUGUUGGUGAUGAACAAGGAGAGAGGAGUAUUGGUAAUGAUGAGGAACAGAAUAACAAUCAUGAGGUUGAAAACAGUGAAUCCAAUGGAAAAUACAAGCUGAGGAAAAAGAGAGGUAGAAAAAGCACAAAAAAGGCUAAUCAAGGAGACAGCCAUAGCAGUGGUAAGUCUGUUAAGCGAAAGGUUUGCACAGAGUGGACUUUGGAACUUCAUGCUAAAUUCUUGGAAGCUGUGGCUCAACUUGGUGAAGGAAGAUGUUAUCCGAAAGAGAUUCUUGAGCUGAUGGAUGUGCCUGGUCUUACCAGGAUGCAAGUUGCAAGCCAUCUUCAGAAAUGUCGCAACGACAACUGGAGAGCUCCAGAAGAGCGAAAAUCUUCUCGUAACUCAUCACGUCAGGGCUCGUCCAGUGGUUCUCAACAACGAAGUGGCCACAGAAAGUUUGGUUCAAUGCCUCGUAUCCAACCAAAUAUCGUCACAAAUCUGCAACAGCAGCAACUUGACCAAGAAAUUAACCAAAGAAGUCCUCCUGAGUUUCAGUUUCCACCACUGAAUAACAGUAACAUUAUUGCUGGAGGAGAGAGUUCAACUCAAGAGGAACAGGCUUAUCGCCCACAGCUUCCUUAUGUUGAACCCCAAUACCUUAGCAUUGGCAGCCCAUUUAAUAACCCAAAUUUUACCCAAAAUAAUGCUGGUGGUUUUGUGCAACAACAACAACAAAAUGGACCUUUUGUUGGAAUGAUGGGCCAAGGACAGGGCCCAAUAAUUGGGGGCACUAAUUACAGGCCUGGGUUUCCGAUUAAUAAUGGGCCGGAUCAUAAUGCUCAAAAUGGCUACAACAUGAAUGUUAAUGCGGCCCAUUUGGGAUACUCAGGUGGCCCAAUGAUUUCAGAUAUGAAUGGAAAUAUGACAAUGAAUGGGUUGGGCUUUGCAGUAGCAGCAGCAAAUGCUAAUUUCCAGCAACAAUUUGGUCAGCCCAACAUGACCGAGCCCAACAAUUCAAAUGUGAGUGAUUCCGAAGGAACUGAUUCAAAUGAUGGACAAAACUGUGAUCAAUAUUUCGAUUUCAAUGAUGUGGAUUAUCUGUUCCAGAAUCUUGGACCUCCUACCUCCAACCUACCUAAUGAACAAGGCACUGAGUUUGGUCCAGUUUACUCUGAUGAUCAGGUGAAACCAAGUGUCCCUUUUCCUGGAAUAGCAAACUUUCCUGACGAUUUGGCAUGA